UUUUGAUGUACCGCUUCAGAUGUAAACAAAGCAUCCCUGUAGCAGAAUAUUAAAACUGAUUUUGGACCAGUCCCAAGUACCUGGAAUCAGUAAGGAUGAAAGGUGAUUGGUGAUGAUGACGAGGGGCCCAGCCCAUUCUGUCAGGAGAGGGCGGUCGAGAGCUGCCCUUCUCACUACUCUUCUUCCACUAGCUGUUUCACUCCUCCUGUGGUCCUCACACUCAGUGGCACAGGAAAGCAAAAACACAAGCAUUUAUAAUAAUUCCCUCAAAAAUGGGGACAUGGGAUUUCCUGAUGAUGGCAGUGGGAGCAUUCGGGAAAGUAAACCAGUGCUUUAUGUGAAUAAUCCCCAACUCCUUCGUGAGAUGCAACAACAGAGCUUCCUUAGGCACAAUUUUAGGUUGUCGCCUGGAGACACUGCAGAUGGGGAGGAUUCUGGGGUGCUCUCUGGGGGAAUACCACUAACAGAGAGAGCCACAACUUUAGCAUCACACCUUCGCCAAAUUGCCAAUAAUGAGUUAGGCGUAACACAUAUGCAGGCCACAUUUGAUGAGUUGCCAUACUCUGAUCUUGAAAGGCGUGAAGAGGAGACAGUGAAAGAGAUGAUCCAAAGUCUAGAAAGAAAAUUUUCCCUGUAUUCUAGUCUCAUAGAAGAAAUGUCCAGUCUUGUUCUUGUGCAUUACAAUCAAACCUUUCAGACAGCAAAGGACCCCUAUGCAUAUCCAAGAGAGGAAUUGGAAUAUCAUGCCUGCUGUCUAAUCCCAGAUACAUAUCUUGUAUAUCACAGUCAUUUUGCAACACGGGUUAAUGAAGAAUUUAGCUGUGACUCAGGCUUUGGUUCAGGUGAUCAUCAACUACCUUCAAAAGUAUAUGCUCCCACAUAUAACCUGACAGAAAUGUUCAUUAUGAAUUUAAGGAGGUAUCCAGGCAUUAAAUGGCAAUACUUCAUGGGUGAAAGUGGUUUGCACACUGAAUAUCCUGCUCAUAGACCUGGUACAAGCAUUGGCUCCGAUUGUGGACAAUCAUCACGGCACAGGCACGUCUAUGAGGCUACUUUGAGGCCAAAAGGCCGAAACAUUGUCUUGUUGUUUGACCUUGGAGGAACUCUUUCUCCAAGGCUACUGAUCACUGCCAAAGCUAUAGGUCACCAAAUUAUUUCUACUCUCACAUCAAAGGAUCACAUUGCAAUAUUGGGUGUCGCAAACACAAUAUCCAUGCCUUCUGCCCCCUGUAUGAGAACUAGUCUGGUACUUGCAACACAUGAUGUCAGGCAAACUGUCAGGCAUUUCAUUGACUAUAUUGAGAUAAAAGAUGAACCUACUAACCACACUUUGGGUUUGACAACUGCCCUUGAUGUAAUAAGUAAUUGGUCUUCAGAGUUGUCUUCUACAGAUGCAUCGGUGCUACUUGUUUAUGUUAGUCAAGGAGUGUUAGGAGCCCAAGAGAAAAUUCGAACAAUUUUAAGAAAUGUGGCAAAUAAGUUGCAAGCUAUUACAUCCCAGGUUGUCAUCAGUGCCUUUGGGCUUGGGCUUAUAUAUGGUGAGCCGUCCUUACACAAACAGUUUUUAGAAGCUAUAGCACACCAGGAGUUUGAUAAAUACCAUAUCAAAGCGACAAAAGUCCCGAAGAUGGGGAGAGUUGUAGAGUUUGACUCAACUUUAAGUGUUGGACCAAUAAUCAACAAUUUUUACGAUGCUGUGCAUGAACCUCAAGACUACAAAUCAAAUUCCCAAGCUCUUGUUAUUUCUGAACCAUAUUGGGAUGAGGACAGUAGAGGUAUGAUUGUAUCUCUAACCCAGAGUAUUCAGACAAGUGAAGGGACUCUUUUAGGCAUAAUCGGUAUUGAUGUUCCUCUGGCUAGUCUUCUUGAAGAGGUCACACACUAUAGUUCACCUGCUCAGUCAUAUGCUUUUGCUAUUGAUUCCAAGGGGAAUGUUUUGAGCCAUCCUAGACUUGGCCGUCCAGAGAGAUGGUCAUUACCUUUAAUUCCUACAGAUGUUGUGCUACUUGAACAAGCACCAGGUUUUCAUAUUGUCAGAGAUGAGCUUGUUAAUCUCUCCUCAGGUCACAGAUUCACUACACAAAAUUUAUAUGACCAAAUUGGAGAGAGUGAACUUCAUUUUUGGUGGUGCCGUUCAUUAUCGUCUGGCUGGGUGUUUGUUGUUGUAUGGCGUAAUUCGGGUAUGCCUCACAAAAGGUUGAGUAGAAAUGUCCCACCUCUGCCACCCUCUGCUCUCUUUCAUCGACUUGAUCUUCUCUCUCCAAGUGAGGCUCGUGUUUGUCGGCAUUUUAAUCAAAUGGCUACUCUUGAUGGUAGUACAGUCUUCCUCGCUGAAGGUGCCUAUAUUUCACCCUUGAGUCAGGUUGCAGUUGGUCCUGAGACUCAAGGUGUGGUGCAGAGUAUCACAGCUUAUCUGAGCGAUGGCACCCAGCUAAUUGCUAAUCCUGGCCUAAGACUAGGAGUCCGAACAGAUGCAUCAGCUCUAUAUCAUAUUACAGAUUUCUGGAAGAAACAGUUCCAGAAUAGUGACCUGAGUAAAUACAUUAUUAGAAGGUAUGCAGCGGCUCCAUCAGGUGUAACACUCAUGUAUCCGGGUACUCUGCUUGACCGAUCGUAUGACCCACGUGCUCAAGCAUGGUAUCUUGAAGCUGCAUCUAAUCCAGGGAAGGUUGUAGUAUCUGCUCCAUAUCUUGAUCCUGGUGGUGCUGGUCACAUAGUCACAGUAUCUCACACAGUCUACCAAGGGAGAUCUGCUGCCAUGCAUUCACCUGCUGACCCAGUUGUAGCAGUGGUUGCGACAGAUUUUACUCUGGGAUUUUGGUACAAGCUUUUACUAGACCUAGAGCCAGCUUGUGGAGGUGACAUUGAUACUGAGAAGAAAGUGGGAAGUAUUCGUUGUUUUUUAAUGGACAACAAAGGAUUUUUAGUUGCUCAUCCGUCUAUGUUAUCCCCAUCCUCAUCUUCUAGUCUUGGAACUGAUAUUCCUCCACAUAUCACACAUCAGGAACCAGUAGUGUCAAUGGAAUUGUUAGCAGGUGGUGGAGGGUUAUUAACAAAGGUUUGGUGUGGACGAUGGUGGCAUGGGGCAAGUGAAAGACAUUACACUCUACACCUUCCUCCAGGGCAAGUUGUGGCUUCUUCUGGAAAUGGCAAUGGUCAGCUUGAUAACUCUUGCCUACAAUAUGCCCUUACUGCUGUGCCUGCUACCAACCUCAUAUUUGGUAUCAUAAAUCAAACAUGCACACCUGCUGUGGCCUUCUGUCCCUGUAGCAUGGAUGACCGUUUGUGCUUGAAUUGCCAGUUAUUUGAAGCAGGGGCUUGUGAGUGUCCAUGUGAGUGUCCUUUGUCUUCACAUCCAUGUUCCGUCCCAUUCACUGAGUCCUACUUAGAAGCUGCCCAUUCAUCCAUUUUUUCAACCUUGGUUUCAAAUCACAGUGAAGAGUCUUUGAAUCAAGUGUGGCAAACAUAUAUGGACAUUGGGUCCAGUAAACGCUUUACUGUACCUCAAGUGCUGGAUGUGGGAAUGCAUCCUCCUAGCUUGGCACCCACCUGUGACCGUAUUCCAGAAGCAGCUGUUCCCUUACAGUAUUCUAUUGGGUUACUGUCACAUUUAGACUCCUGUGUUUCUGUUUCCUGUUCUGUUCAUUUGACAGAAAAGUCAUGUCUUGGUGUAAUGGGUUGUAUUUGGUGUUCCAUGACAAAUGAUGGAGAAUCUGCUCUAGUGCAUCCUCAUUGCAUAGAAGAACAACAUUGCUAUGGAGGGAUUUUGGGAGGUCCAUCACCAUAUCCUCAUGGACUGGCCACACUUCCUCAUUCAGACAAUACUCAUGGUGGUUCUGGAAGUCCAAUAGGACCAGUUGCGGGUGGAAUCAUGGCAGUCUUCCUUGUGGUAGCAUUGGCAGUUUAUUGCUAUCGACAGCACGUAGGAGGGAGCAGCCGUUCACUCUACACUCCAGCAAAUUUUCAGUCUCGUCCACACCAACAUCCAAUAUAUCAACCAGAACCAACACAUGAAAUAGAUAAUGCUGAUGAAGACCUUUUAGGUGAUGUCUCUGGCCUUGGCUUAGGAGCAGCUGCUACCAUUAGUCCAUAUCGAAUGAAUCCUGGUUACCGCCGUCCUCCUGGUCAAGCAGACUCUAGUGAUCAUGGGUAUUCUACGAUGACUCCACAUGAUGAUUCAGAAAACCUGAACUACACAGAUUUGGGAGGUAUAGUUAGUCUUCCCUCUCUUCCAGUAUCUAGCAUGUUGGAUGACCCCCCAUCUUCAUCAGGUUGGUCCCCUCCAUCGUCUCCUUUACCUCAGAAGACAGGAAAUCAUCUCGCUGAAGAUGAAGACCCACAUGAUCCCUCUCACACAUUGCUGUCAUCACGUAAGCAAAAUGGACCAAAUAUUGUCAUAGUACCAGUAAUUGUACAUAUGGUUGACACAGUUUGAAUAUUAAGGCAUACUUUUAGUACUCAAUCUUUUUCUAAAAAUAUAACUGUACUAGCAUAAGUCGAUUUUUAUUUUGAAGACAAUAGCAACAUCUUUAAAAAGACAAUAAAGUUAAUGCUCUAUUGCUAGUUUGUCAAAAUACAUGAGGCUGGAACAAAUAACUUAGUCUAGAGCAUAUUAAAAUGCAUAUUGCAUGGAUGAAAAGUAAUCAAAAAAUGAAUUUUCUAAAGCACAAACAACCCUCCAGUUUACAAAAUCAAUUGGUGACUCAGCCUCCAUUUGUCUUGUAGUAGUUCCAUAUGACUGUGUACAAGGUGCACAAAGCAUAUUACCUCUCUUAAUAUUAGGUUUCUAAAGGCUAAUUUUAAGAAUUAAGCUUCUUGUAUGGAUGGGAUUUACAAGUCUAUUACCUUUUAUACAAAGGAUGUAGUUCAGUCUAGUCUUUAGCUGCAGCUAAUGUUUUUUAAUCAUUUUAGCCAUAAUUUUUUUUUGUGUCUGGGUUACUUAUUUACCAAAGAUGUAGCAUUUUGCAAAACUAGUAGUUUUUUAUUGAAUUUUAACUAUCAUGAGCAGUGCUCAUAUAGUAAAUGAUUAAUGUGAGAAUAAUAGGAGUUUGACCAUUGAAAUUACUAUGUAAUCAAGUUCAUCCAUUUUGUUAAUUUUCACUUUAUGUUCAGUAAUUUCUCAUUUAUGCUAAAUGGUGGAAAAAAAAAUUUUUUUAUAGGCACAGGAAAGCUUUUUUGUCCUUUAUAUUCAGUUACUAAUGUAUUGAAACCUUUCGAUCUUUUCAAGCAGUUGAAAACCAAGAUGGUCAUUCUCCUUUAUUUCUUGUCCAUCACAUUCUUUGAAGUUAUUCAAAGUUGGUGAUCUGUGAUUCACUAUAAUUAUUUUAAAUUGUCUAGUGAGCAUGUGUUGUAAAUUGCAGAUGUACUCAUUUUUCUCUGCCUUUAUCUGUAUUAAUACAGAUUAAUUAUAAGUUGUGUAUGAACUUGUAUGUGUUCUUUCAUAUUUGUUUGAUGAGUUUAUUCUGUUAUGAAAGUGAUAAUUCCUAUUCUUCCAGUGAGAUGUAUAUAAAAAUUUUAUUUUUAUGUUUAAAUGCCAUUAAGACAUGCACCUAUUUUUGUUAGGAAAUUUAUUUUUGAAAUACUGCUUGACAAAUACUUUGCACAGCAGCUAUAUUGAAAGUUGCAUGUCGAUACCCUAAUUUGGUAUUUGAUUAAUUUUAUUUUUACACAAGUGCCACUUUUGUCUUUCUUUCUGUCUUUGUUAUGCAUAACAAAAUUAACAUAUUUUUUGCAUAAAAGCCAAAACUUGACUGUGACGUAAGAUGAGGAAAUGCAUCAGAAUUUGGAUCCUUACCUAAAAUCAGAGUUACUCUGAGCUUUAUAGACUUAAAAAAUCAAAAUACCUUAAAUUGUAAAUUUUAAUGCACUGUAUUUUCUAUAACACUCCCACUUUGCAUCUGAUUCUUAGCUCUCAAGUAAAUAUGAUUUAUUAAUGUAACUUCCCCCCCCCCCCUGUUAAUUCUGUGUAUUUAAAAUCUUAUAAAAAAUCUCAAUUCUCUCAGCUUGGGAAUUUUUCUUAUGAUUUAUGCUUUCAGUAUAUUGGUUGCCAUGUAUACUAUGUUGGAUUUUUGUAAAAAUUACAAAAAGCUGGGUAGAUGAAAAAUUAUUGAUAGUACGGUACAGUAAUACUAAAGUUUUAUACUACAUAGAGAAAUCAACGUUAAAUUUUUUAUAGUAAUAAUAAAGUUUUAUAUGUAGAAAAGUCAGUGUUACUGUCAUUAAUUUUUAGUGUUAAUUUUUUACUACAUAACUUAGGUGUUAUGUUCCAAUAUCAUGGGUAAUGUGAUCUUUUUAUUGCAUGCAUAUGUAUUUCUUGCACUCUAAAACUGAGUUUCAUAGAAGACAGAUGGUUGACUCAAGAUUAUUCAAUUUACUAUAUAUAUUUAUUGUGUGAUAACUAUAAUCUGGUUGAAAGGACCGUGAACUAAUUUUAAAUCCGGAAAAUUUAAUUGAAGUUAGUCACAAGUAUAUAUAUUAGUUCUUGUAGCAAAGUAUGGCGACUGUGAUAAUUGUGAUGAUUCAUAUUAAAUUUCUUUCACAUACUACAGUUACAGAGCAGUUGAAAUUUUAAUUAUCUUUUCUAGAAUAGAAUUUCAAAUUUAUUUUUAUAGGUUUAAAUUCCAGUGUACAGGGUGCACCUUAUUUGUUUCCCUCUCUUUUUGCAAUGAAUAUUCUCACAAAUGAAACAUUACUAGCCAUCAGGAAAAAACUAGGUGUAAUCUAGCCUAACGUCUUUGUCCUUGAAAUAUUACCACAUUCUGUAAAUUAAAUUAUUGGGAUUAAUGAAUGAAAACAUAUUUCCAGUUUGAGAUUCAAGGAAUUUACAGUUUUGUUACACUUUAUAUUUAUUAUUUUUAACUAGGGACAUUAUAUCCUAAUUUUCAAAACCUUUUUCUUUUCUGUUUGAAAUUAAAAUUUCUAGUGACAAACCAGUGUAUUGUCACACCUCUUCAUUAUUGAGGUUUUAGAAAAAAGUGCUGGAAAUAAACAGUUUUUCCUUGGAAGAAAAUCUCUAAAUGGAACUUUAGUUGUGAACUUCAUUUGUGAAAAAUUUUUGUGAACUUAAGUUACUGGAAGUUUAGUUGCAUUUCGGAUCAGUAUUAAGAUUUGGCUAAUUUAGCUACAGUAUUAAAUUUCCUAUAGUUAAUUUCCAUAGUACAUAAGAGGUACAGGAGUAAUGUAUCUAUUUAACCCAUUCUCAUGACAUUAACGUUGUCAGAAAUUUGUAUGUAGACUCCAUAAUUAUUUUUCAAAUUUCUGUAUUUAAGUAUUUUUUCUUUCUUUCCUUUUAUUAGAUGGAUUGUAUGAAGUAGAUAUUAGUGUUUGCUCAAAGAAUGUCUCUUUCAGAUGAUUUUGCCAUAUUUUUGUGCCAUAUAUUUUUAAUAUUUUCUAUACAUUAUGUACACAUUUUGAUAAUGUCCCAGUGAUUUGUAAGUAUUCUUUUUGUUCUAGAGGUAAUGGGCCAUGAUGGCAGUUAACUCAUGAGCAGCUGUUCAUUCUAACUCGAGACCAUAAAUUUAUGUUUGAUUUUU